UUUCCUCUUUGUUGCACUCAUCAAAAAGCCAACAUGGGAAAGAUCGUUUUCUACGAGGACAGGGACUUCCAGGGACGCUCUUAUGAGUGCAGCUCUGAUUGUUCCGAAUUGAAUUCAUACUUCAGCCGCUGCAACUCCAUUCGAGUGGAGAAUGGAAACUGGAUGCUGUAUGAACACCCCAACUACAGAGGGAACCAGUACUUUCUGAAGAGGGGAGAAUAUCCUGAUUUUUCCCACUGGACAAGUCACAAUGACUCCAUUAGAUCUUGCCGCAUUAUUCCACAACAUCGUGGGACAUUUAGAAUCAGGGUCUAUGAGAAAGAAGACUUCAAUGGUGCAAUGCUGGAGUUCACUGAAGACUGCCCUCACGUCCAUGAAGAAUUUAGAUACCAUGACAUUUUCUCCUGCAAUGUUCUGGAAGGCCACUGGAUCUUCUAUGAAGAACCUAACUAUCGCGGGCGUCAGUAUUACCUGAGGCCUGGAGAGUACAGGAGAUUCUCUGAAUGGGGAGCUCCUAAUUCCAAAGUUGGCUCCUUAAGACGUGUCCAAUAGUUCUACUAAACUGAAAUGGUACCCUUUAUUUGACUGUAUAGAUAUUAAUAAAUCAUGAAAAUGUUAA